UUCUUCUAAUGUUUCUCUCUAAUAAAUAAUGGCAGAGGAAUUCAACAACUUCCCUCAAAUGUAUCUGGACAUGAACAUGGAAGUCCCACAACUCAAACCUUUGUCUUCUUCUUCUUCUUCUUCUUCUUCUUCUGCUGUGUUUGAAAUCGAGGUUAAUGCCACGUUUAUCAUUGUCGAUGAACUGUUUGAGGAAGCCGGGAGGAUUCUUUCUCAAGUGAUACACGAGUUUCCUUUCGACGACUUGAUUAACGACGGCAACGGUGCCGUUUUAGACAUGCUUAACUCUAUGCGAGUUCCGGUUCAACAGUCCAUGGUGGAAGAAAUAGCGACCACAGCAGUUCACUUGGCGGCGGCUGCUAGGGAUGCAGAUGGGAAGGUUUUGAGAAUGGAAGUGGAGAUUGAGGCUGUUGUAAAUGAAGUGCCUGACUUUGGGAGUGAUGAUAUGGAUAUCGAAGAUGAUGAUGACGAUGAAGGGGUGGCGAUGGAAGUGGUGGCGGGGAGUUUGAGGAAGACGGUGGUUGAAACGGCGGAAAAAGAUUGUACGAUUUGUUUGGAAGAAUUGGCAGUGGGUGGCGAAGCGGCUCGCAUGCCUUGCUCGCAUGUUUUUCACGAAGCUUGCAUUGUAACCUGGCUAAAGAAGAAGAAAUGUUGCCCUUGUUGUCGUUUUGAUUUCUCUAACUUGAAAAGUGAAGUUUAGGGGUUUUAAUUUUUUUAAUAUUAGUUUUAAUUAUUUUAAGAAGCUCCUGAUUUUGCUUUUUCUUUGAAACAAUUCCUAAUGGUAGGAAAUUGUUUCCGAAGUGUAAUUUCAUAAGUUUUAUUAGAAUAAAGUGAUUUUGAUUAUGAUUU